AUGUCUUCCUCUCCCGCUCGAGGAUUGGCAAUUUAUGGAGGAACGGCGUUUUUGGUUUACCUCGAGACUCAUGGCUUUCGCUCGCCGUCGCCAUUCUUCGGAUCACUUCCGUAUAUUGUGCUACCGAUUUUGACGAUCUCUACAAAUAUCAACAAUCGAGUCAAGUAUCCGAUGGCCGGCUCUUUUAUUGCCCUUGCAUUCGGGAAUUACUUCUUCGAGGCGCAUCUCUAUUUUGGAGUUGCUGCCUUCUUGUUAAUGAUCUCACACGUUCUCUAUAUUUUAUCUCUAUUACCUCAUCUGAAAGAAUGGUCUGUACCUCUUCUGCUUCUUUCAACGGUUGCAUUUGUGUUAACAUUUGCCUGGCUUUUCUCCGAUGUUUUCAUCUCAAUUCCGUUUCUUGUUCUAAUACUUUCCUCAUUGUUGAUCUCGUCGUUGGUUCUCACCGCGUUGGCCGGCUCCCUAUUACAUUAUGGGGGAAAGGGAGAAAUGGAUGACUCAAAAACGUUGAGUUUGAUCCGUUUAAUUGGCAGUUUGUGUGCCGUUGUCGCCGACGUGCUCUACAUUUGCAACCUUUUUGGGCGAAGAGAUCCGAUGAUCUUUGUUUUACGAAAAGCUUUAAUGUAUUUGGGGCAGGGCUUCAUGUAUUUGGCGAGUGAACGAGCUUUU